GCGAGGCGCAUCACCAGUCACCCACCGCACCGGUCGUUUUAAAAUUUGCUGUUUUGUCCGCAAAUCACCACCGCUAGAUCGCUCACACAUUCGGGAUUAUUCAGUUUUGUCCAGAUAAUUUUUCUCUCCUAGAAAUGUUGUAGUAGUGCAGCGAAUAAAUAGUCCGGUUUUAGUGGAGUUACGAAAAUAUAGAAGUUUCAGAAAGUUAAGUAACUUAACGAAUUGAAAUUUCUCAACGAAGACCAUCACCGCGGUUGAGUCCAAUUAGACUGGACUAAUCAAUCAUCGAAUUUAGGACCCUUUUAAGCCUACAACGAAGAUAUUUAUUGUCUUCGGCCCCUGUAACAUUCAUGGAGUAAUUAGACCAAAGCGAAUAUGUCGCACGUCUACGACAAUAUUCCAUUGAAACCCUUCAAAAAUGAUACUGUGGAGAUUUCGCAGCAACAACAGCAUCAGCAGCAACAAAUAUCAGCCAAAAUCAAGACGAUUCAGAAUAAUUUAAACCAAGAAGAGGAAAGGAAAAGGAAGGGAUCUGAAGAUGUGACCAGAAGUUGUAGUUUGAAGACUCAGAAGAAACCGAAAUCAACUAGAAGUCUCUCGGAAAUGUUUUUCAAAGGUCAAAAUGGAGUCUCUACAGAAAACUUUGGAAGUGAUGAGACGAUUAGAGCUGGAAAGAGUGAAGAAGACUUGAAAAAAGUCACUACGAUCCAUUCAACGCCUACCUCUACACUGGAUGAUGGCUACGAAUCCUCCAAUAGCACACCGCUAGUUUCAGGCAAGGGAAAGUCGAAAUUAAACAGCACCUCGACGAAUAUGGUCAUCACAUGCACGUUACGAAAAAAAGAUCUUCAUGUCCAACUGGAAGAAGAUGAAAGAGAAUCAUUUGUACUCUCCCCAACGUCAAGCCAAGCUGGAGAAGUCGAUCCAGACUCCUUUACGGCGGAUGACAACAGGGAAACUUGGGGUUCCAACACUGAUUUUCUUCUCUCUAUCAUAGGAUUUGCUGUUGACCUGGCGAAUAUAUGGAGGUUUCCCUAUCUCUGUUACAAAAAUGGUGGAGGAGCAUUCUUAAUACCAUACUCAUUAAUGUUAGUUUUUGGAGCAGUUCCGUUGUUUUAUAUGGAGUUGAUUUUAGGACAAUUUAAUAGGCAGGGGCCUAUUAGUAUAUGGAGAAUAUGCCCUUUAUUUAAGGGUGUAGGAUUUUGUGCAGUACUGGUAGCAUUUUAUGUAUCAUUUUAUUACAACGUAAUUUUAGCAUGGGCUUUAUAUUAUUUGGGCUCAAGUAUCUCUGAAGAAUUACCCUGGAUGCAUUGUAAUAAUUCUUGGAAUACAGAGCUGUGCUGGGAAACGCGUGAAAUAAACGAUACAAACAGGACAUAUGUUGUAUUGUUAAACGCAACUAACAAUAAAAUGACAAAACAUACACCAGCAUUUGAAUUCUUUCAUCGUGCAGUACUCGAAAUGCAAUGGAGUGAUGGACUGCAUGAAAUGGGAUAUCCAAAAUGGCAGUUGGUAGUUUGCUUGAUAAUGAUAUACUGUUUACUCUACGUUUCUCUUUUCAAGGGGGUAAAAUCAUCAGGAAAAGUGGUAUGGGUAACUGCGACUAUGCCAUACGUAGUCCUUACUAUACUAUUAGUUAGAGGUUUAAUGUUACCUGGAUCUUUGUCGGGCAUUUCGUACUACUUGAAACCCGAACUAUCAAAGUUAAAAGAAACUCAAGUAUGGGUAGACGCAGCUGUGCAAAUAUUCUACUCUGUCGGUGCUGGAUUUGGGGUACACCUCUCUUAUGCUAGUUAUAAUACUUUUCACAAUAACUGUUACAGGGACUGUAUUAUCACAACAAUAGUAAACUGUUUUACUAGCUUUUUCUCCGGGUUUGUCAUCUUUACAUAUUUAGGUUAUAUGUCACACAAACAAGGAGUAGACAUAAAAUAUGUAGCCACUGAAGGGCCUGGACUAGUUUUCCAAGUCUACCCGGAAGCUGUAGCUACACUUCCUGGAUCUCAUCUUUGGUCAGUCUUGUUCUUUUUCAUGUUGAUCAUGUUGGGAGUGGACUCCGCGAUGGGUGGAUUGGAGUGUGUGAUUACGGGUUUGAUGGACGAAUUUUCGGUGUUCUUUAGAGAAAGAAAAUAUGCAAGAGAGGUUUUUACAUUGUUUGUAAUUAUAACAUCAUUUUCUGUGGCGUUAAUCAAUGUUACACCAGGUGGAAUCUAUAUGUUUCAUUUAUUCGACACGUAUUCAGCUGGAAUAUCAUUGCUGUGUUCAGCACUGUUUGAAGCAAUAGCGGUUUCAUGGUUUUAUGGGUUGGACAGAAUGACACAGGAUGUUGAAGCCAUGCUUGGUAUAAAACCAGGGAUUUAUUGGAGGGUAUGUUGGAAGUUUAUCAGUCCUUCCUUUAUUGUGUGUGUCGUGAUGUUUGGUCUCUUGUACCAUCAACCUCUUGUAUACAAUGACUAUUUCUAUCCCACGUGGGCAGAAUGGGUUGGCUGGACAUUGGCCCUAUCAUCCAUAAUGAUGAUACCCAUCGGAGCUAUCAUACAGUUGUGCAAAACACCAGGUACAUUUAAAGAGAGGGUAGCAUUGUCCAUAUCACCAGUCGAAGAGCACGAUGACAUAAGACGAAGCAAACUAAUCAGAAGAUUUAAAGCUAAGCACUGGUUGUAUGUUUAAAGAAGUUGAAUGUGGAAUUUUGUUUGUUGUAAAAAUUUACAUUACGCCUUGGGCGUUAUUUUAUUUAAUUUGUUGGAAAAUAGAGAAAUUUUAUAAACUGUACAGUCAAAAAGGAUUAAAAAAAAAAAAAAAUUGUGUCCUUUACUGUACACUUUUUGUUGUUUGUGUUAAACCAUAUCUGCUUCUAGAAGUAAUUGUACAAAAAAAAAGAAUUGUAUUAUCCUCGAAUAUAGUACGUUAUUGCUCAGAUUUAGAUUGUAGUGAGAUAUACAGGAUGUGCAACAAGAGUUCGAAGAGCUGAUUCCUGGAUAUAUUUUUGAAGAAGUUUAAAAUAUAUUGACAUUGACAUAUUAUCAACUAUUAGUUCAAGAUAACUUACAGGGUCCGGCAAUAGUGCGUCGGGCAUCUGUAGCUCCUAUAAUAAAAAAAUUAGCAAUUUUGUUUAGGUGCAAACCUAAACUAUGUAUUAAGAUGUAUUUCAGGAAAAUAGUUUAACUUCUACAGGGUGACAAAAAAGUGUGUGUGGAUCAUGAUGAUUUUUUUUAAAUGGAAUACCCUGUAUAUUAUUACAUUUUUGGCUUCCUUUCUGAUCACGUUGCAUAAUCUUAAGUAAAGCUUUACAUAAUCACGUUACAUAACAUAACAUAAUCUUAAGUUCUAAGCUUUUUAGCCUUUUUUAAAAAAAAUUAUUAAAAAUACAAGAAUUGUCCUAAAAUCAAAACUAUAUCAGGUGUUUACUUUAGAU